UUGAUACAGCGGUGUGCAGUCUGAGACGCUUUCAUGCUGAUGCGGUAUUUCAUUUCCGCUGGGAAUGAGGGAUUUCCCGCUUUGUGCCAGGCGGUUGCAACGCGAAAGGUGUUUUCUGAGAUAAGCGCAUGGGAAUCUAUAUGCACAAUUUUGCCCUGAACGCACACUCUUCAGGCUCUCGGUAUGGUUCCUCGGGAGAAAAGUUCCCUCUUCGGAAUUCGUUUUCUCAAAAAACAUGUUGAGUUGAUGCCUUUGAUUGUGAUCAUGUCGAUAGCGACAGGAGGGUGUGUGUGCUUCUGCAUGUACACAUUUAUGAAGCCGGAAAUCUGGUUUAACAAGAAGACUGCACUGCCACCCUGGAUGACUCAAGACAACCAGAAAUACCACAAGCUUUUACGGGUCAAGGAGAAAUUCGGACCAGAUCCAGUGAGGGAGGAGCUCGAGAAAGUGAGGAGGGAGAUCGGCGCAGCCAAGUAACUCCUAAUCUGUCCUCAUGAAGAAGUUGCUGUAAAGGCGAAGCUGUGGCAUUAGCUGGCUUGAUAACAAUCAGUGAUUAAAUAGAGCUGCCACAGCAUGCUCCUGAUUUGCUGU